AAGUGCCAUAAGUAGUUCUAUUCUAAAGUUGAAUGAAACUUGCUAGACUUUACACCAAAUUUACCAAACACAAAACAAUAUCCUCCACUUAACCAUGAAAGAGAAAUCUCAAAAUCUUUAUUCUUACCUUUUGUUUAAGCAGAUUAAAAAUUCUUUUCUUCCAAUCCAUAUUAAAGUUGACACCUCACCUCCCUUUCUCUCUUCUUCCCCACCUUCUUUUUCAAUCCUCUUCUUCUUUAAUCUUUCUUUCAUUUCUUCACACAUGACCUCCAUAGUUUCACUCUUUAAUGGCGGCCAUGAAGCACAGGAAACUCUUCCCCGCACAGAAUGAUACCACUCACACCGAAUGCUCCGAAUUCUGUGACCCACCCUGUUCUUACAACUGCUAUCCUUUCACAGAAUUCUAUUAUCCACCACCACCAUCAACACCACCACCACCAUCUCCUCUCUCAGCCGUUGAUCACAAUGACCAAAGCCGAAACAUCUCUCCCUACAUAAUCAUCUUACUUUCAUUGAUCGCCACCUCAUUGCUUGUGGUCGGCUACUACAUCAUCAUAGCCAAGUCCUGUGCUUGUUUCUGCAGAAGAAACAACAACAACAACGAGGAUGACCAACGUUCCCAAUCCGACGCCACUGAUGAAGACUUUCUCGAUGACAACCACGUUGACCAUCCCAUUUGGUUCAUCACCACUGUUGGUUUGCACCAAUCGAUCAUAAACUCCAUCAUGGUUUAUAAGUACAAGAAAGGAGAGGGAUUGAUCGAAGGAACCGAGUGCUCUGUUUGUUUGAAUGAGUUUCGGGAAGAUGAAACUCUUAGGCUUCUUCCAAAAUGCAACCAUGCUUUUCACAUCCCUUGUAUUGAUACCUGGCUGAGAUCUCACACCAAUUGCCCUCUUUGCCGUGCCAUUAUUGUCACUGAUUCUCUGAGUUCGAACAUGUCGAGGCCUCCUACUUUGGUUUCUUCGGAUCAAAAUGGUGAAGCUUUGGUGGUGAAUGAAGACACCCAGAUGGGGAUAGCCAACUCUGAGAAUGAUAUUCAACUGGGUGAGAAUCGGAUUAGAGCUGUGACAGAGAAUGAAGGUGAUCAAAUUCUCCAAAUUGAUGAUGAUCAUGGUGUUAUACCCAAAGAGGCUGUAAAUUCUCAGGAAAAUGAUAUACAACCAGUGAGAAGCUCUGUUUCAAUGGAUUCUCCUUCUUCAUCCCCUGAAACCAUGAUUUACGAAGAGGAAGAUUUUUGUUCCGCUGACCGGGAAGAGAAUUCGAUUACCCAAUUACAGAGUGAUGAAAGAUAUAAUCUUGAAAUGGCUCAAAAUAAAGAAGAUGAAGAUGGAAAUUCUGACACGAUUCGAAUAAUACGACGUCCUUCGAAAGCUCAGUGUCUCCAUUUAAGCCCUGUUUCAAUGAAAAGGUCGUUCUCUUGCGGUGGGAGAUUUCUUCCAACAAAACAUCACCGGAGCUUCAAUUCAGUCCUCCCUUUGUAAAAAAAUUUCCUUUCUAUUCUCCAUAUGAAUUUUCCCAGGAAAACCAACGCGGGAAUAUUCUUUUUCCCAUGUCUGAGAUUCUACUCUCAGUAAGUGUGAGAGUAGCCCAAUCUGGUUUUCUAUAAUCAGGCAAAACAAUACAACCCAGUUUGUAGAUUUGCUAAAUGGGGGAGGAAUUAGAGGUUUUCGAGUUGUGGAAAUCGUAACGUGCUUCAUUAGAAGAAAUAAGAAAGAUUUGAAGCAUGCAAUUUCAUUGUUCUGAAGAAAGAAAUAGAAUUGAGAAUUGUAAGACUGGAAACUAUUCAAUAUUGUUAUUGAGACCUCAAACGAGAACUAUAACGAGUC